AUGGUUGCCGCCUCCAUCCAGCACUCUGCUCCCGCUGCUGUGGCCAGGGCCAGGGCAAGCCCCAGGAUCCUCCCUGUCGUCGCAACAGUUGCCUCCGUCGGUCUGGUAGCCAGCUACGUCUACUCCCAGCUCUCCUACGAGAAGAAGGUCAUGGACAGCCGUUUCGCCCAGUACAACAAUGCCCAGAGCGAGGCCAGCCGCCGCAAGACCUUUGAGAACUCCAACAGCGACCCCAGGACCAGUGCCUUUAACAUUCUUGGUCACUAG